AUGCCUACAAUAUAUCAUAUUGAAACCUCAGAGACUUUAUUGGAAAACUAUUUGAAUGAAGAGUUUCAAGCAAUGCUCAAACCUCUAAAUUUACUGCAAUACAUUUUGUUAACCUCAAAAUACAGAAUUAGAGAUAAUUUUAUUACACCAAACGGAUCUUUGCAUAAAUUAGUAGCUACCGUCAAUUACGAAGUAGCAUUAUGGACUACUGAACUGCAUCGUCGUCCUGAAUCUCGUCAUGGAAUAUAUAUAAUGGAUAAUGAAUUAAAUGAUUUUACAAGAUCUGGACAAAAGUAUACCAAAAAGUUAUUCAGUAUUUAUGCUUUAAUACUAUUUACAGCGAUAAGUUUUUUGUUUUGGAUUCUGAAAAAUACAGUUUUGCAUGGCUUGCUAAGCUAUCAAUGUGAAAAAUUUUAUAUGGCGCUCAAAGAUGCUGAAAUUCUUUUCCAUACCACAGAGACCUUCAUACACAAUCUUAUAUAUGUGGAAUUCUUAAUAGUAUUGAUCAAAUUUCAUAAACAGGAUAAUUCAAAUUAUUUAUUACAAGUACACGUAUCUGUUGAAAGUGAAAAAUUAACUUUAGCAUUUAAAAGUGUAGUAGCGGUAUCUGCAUCUGUUAUGCAACAAAAUACCUUAUCGGAAGAGGAGAGAAGAAUUUACAAGAACAUACAUCGUUUGAGCCGUGCAUCGUGCAAUAAGAUGAACGCGUGCGGAUUGUACGAUAUUGAUGCAACUUUGCCGUUACGUCUACUUAGUCUUUUAGCCACCUACACGAUUGUGUUAUUACAAUUCGCUUUACUCAAUAUAGAAACUUAA